ACAAGGAUUUUUUCUGGAUUAGUUUCGCUUUUGACAGAUGGCAAACAAAUCCCUCCAGUUUGCUCCAUUUAGUAGCUUUCUUGACGCAGGAUUUUGGCAUAAAUUGUCAGAUAACAAAUUGAAUAUCUAUGGACUCGACGAAUCACCGAAACCUGUACACGGAUUUUAUUUCAAUGGUGAUACUGUGGGUGUCCCGUGUCGUAUGAAUGUGGAAUACACCGCGUUUGAUGAAAAUGCAAAAACUCCAACAAGAUGUUUUAAGACUCUUGGAACUCUUCACAAUACAAACACAAUCGACAGUUUUAAAGAAUGUGAUAAAAAAUGUCUGCUGGAGCAGUCAGGCAACCAGAUAUGGGAGGAUAUUGUCAGUGGGAAAGCUUUAGAGGAUCCGACUCUAUUGUCACGGUUUGUCCUCUUGACCUACGCAGACCUGAAGAAAUAUAUCUAUUACUACUGGUUUGCGUUUCCAUGUCUCUGCCCGCCACUUGAUAUCGCCAUGGUAACAGGCCCAGCAACAUUAGAUAAAGUAUUUUCUGCGGAACAGAUAAAAACUCUGGAAUCAUCUUAUGACAGUUUUCAGUCAUCGCGUUCUUCAUUUGUUGGCUAUUUCAUCGUUACCAUGGAUACAGACAUCCAAGUUCAAGAGAUGAAAUGUUUGGAUAAAUGCUUACCUGAUUCCAAAAAGGUGAUGUUUGCCUUCGCUGAUCCAUGUACUUUGGAUGGUCAUCCAGGCUGGCCUCUUAGGAACUAUCUAGCUCUGAUCGCCCACAGAUGGGGAGACAACCUUAGUGAAAUCCAAGUGUUGUGUUUCCGAGAUCACAGUAAAGAUGGCGUAAGAGAUAUAACCAGCAGUCUUGUGUUAACAAUCAGACUAGCAUCCAUGAAAGAAUUGACAGAAUGUCCGAAGUGUGUUGGAUGGGAGAAAAAUGAACGACAAAAACUCGGACCUAGGACAGUCAACCUCAGCUCCAGCAUGGACCCAUCUAAGCUUGCUGAGUCGGCCGUUGACCUCAAUCUGAAGCUAAUGAGAUGGAGACUGCUACCAGAGCUUGACCUUGAUCAAAUCUCAAGGACAAAAUGUCUCCUGCUUGGGGCUGGAACUCUAGGGUGUAAUGUUGCAAGGUGUUUGUUGGGCUGGGGAGUAAGAAAGAUCACUUUGGUUGAUAACGGUAAAGUAUCGUACUCCAACCCUGUCAGACAGAGCCUGUUUGUGUUCGAGGACUGUAUGCAGGGAGGCAAACCUAAGGCUGAGGCCGCGGCCCAAUCGUUACAGAGAAUAUUCCCAGGAGUUGAUGCUCAGGGAAUAUCCAUGUCAAUUCCGAUGCCUGGCCAUCCUGUAUCAGGAGGGGCAUUAGCAGGCACUAAGAAGGACGUCCAACAACUCGAAGAUCUCAUAAAAUCCCAUGAUGCAGUAUUUCUCCUCCUGGAUACGAGAGAGAGUCGGUGGUUACCAACUGUCAUGGCUGCUGCUCAUAAAAAGAUAGUUAUUUGUGCUGCCCUGGGUUUCGACACGUUCUUAGUGAUGAGACACGGUAUGAAAUCUGAGGUAGAGGGUGACGCCCCUCCCGUGGCCGAGCCAAUGUCUAGUUACAUGAUCAUCCCAGGGGACCAGCUCGGCUGUUAUUUCUGCAAUGACGUGGUGGCUCCAGGAAAUUCGACGAGAGAUAGAACUCUGGACCAGCAAUGUACUGUUUCACGUCCUGGGAUGUCUUUCUUAGCGAGUGCUUUGGCUGUGGAGCUGCUUGUGUCCUUAGUACAGCAUCCCAAGGGUGGGAAAGCUGAGGCAGACACAAGUGCUAAAGACGACCAUCUAACCAAAGAUCUGUCCUGUUCAUUAGGAUUGGUACCUCACCAGAUCCGCUGUUUCCUGUCGAGAUAUCAGCAGGUCCUACCAGCUUGUAGAGCGUUUGAUAAGUGUACCGCCUGCUCCGAUAUGGUUGUGAAUGCAUACAGGAAGGAUGGUAUAGAAUUUCUCCUCCAGGUAUUUAACGAGCCAAGCAGUUACCUGGAGGAUCUUACCGGUCUCACAAAGAUGCAUGAAGAGACGCUCAAUACAGAGAUCCUUGACUUCAGUGAUGAUGAUGAUAGUUUCAUGGACAUGUCUUGAUGAAGUAAUUAGUCGUAAUAAUGUGCUCGUCCAAUCAGAAGAGAUUUUAUACAAAACCAUUGACUUAUAUAUCUAAGUGUGUGAUCAAACAGAUGGACCAAUCAGUGAGGCUGGAACUGUCAUGGACCAAUGACAACUUAUUGGCUUAUAGUUUAUCAUUAGUAUUAGAAUUGAUCCAGAUGACAAGAGCAGCAUUGAAUCAGAUGACAAGAUCAAGGCUGUUUUUGUUUUUGUAGUCCAAAUGGUUUGACAAUUCAACCGGUGUUCGUUUAUGAAAUAAAGACGGACCUGGUGAUUUUAUAUUGCUUUCAGACAAGUCUUGACAAAGACUCCCAAGGCCUGUCAAGAUAUAUGUUUGAAAUAUUACAUUGAAAAACCAAUGAACUGAUUUGUCGGCAUAAACGAACAAGCCCCAGCAUUGAAUGAUGUGACAAGACCAGCAUUGAUCAAGAUCUAGAUUUGACUGGUACCCUCUUCAGUAACCUCUACACCGCAGAGCACAGUCCUGGUGGAGAGUAGAGAAGUAAUGGAGGGAACCGGUUUAGAUUUCUGAACAAAAUAAGUAUUUAUCCAUAGUUAUAGUUAAAAAAAUCCUUCUGAACGAUAUUGCGUUGUACAAGUGUUAUUUCCAAUGCCUCAUCAUUACUGAUGUAUUCUUGUAUAUCGUAAAAUCAUUUAUUUUUAUGGGGCUCAAAUUUCAUGACCUUUGGGCACUUGACUUCAUGGAUAGUACCCUUGAAAACCGCAAAUAUUAAACAUUCAUGUUGAAUUUUGACUGUUUUUAACAUAUGUGCUCAUUGAUUCCGAUUAUCCACAAAAUUGAUGAAAAAAAAUUCCCGCAAAAAUUUAUGAUUUUACUGUAUCGUGUAUCAAUGUAAAUGUUAGCAAAUAUUUCUUUACAUCCACAUUAACUAUUACAAGUGAUGAUUGCAUAGAUUAAGCUUCCAACACCAAUUCUAAAUGUAGUCUGAACAUUAUUUAUUGUGAUAUUAGUGCAAUAUAAUAAAAAAAAAAAGGCCUGUA